CGAUAGGAGCAACAGGUCUUCAUUAGUGCUCCUGAACCCAACACGACACGAUUAUUGGCGCCAAGUGGUUCGCACUCGCACACAGCAUAUUCUAACUCGGAAUUACUGGAAGUUCUUGCUUGAAGAAGAAAGCAACAUUUUAGGAAGAAAUUUUUAAAAGGAUAAUUAAAAAAACACGCAACUAAGUGAAAGCAAAGACAACAAAGUGAAGUAAACAGUAAACAAAAGGACUGCAAAGUGAAUCAACGUACUAGAAAGACUGUUGAAGAAAUUGAGUGAAGAGUGAAGAAGUUUAGUACAUUUUCAUAACAAGAACAAACUGAUUUCCCGGAAAGCCGACUUAAAUUCCAGAAUGAUAACUCACUGCAGCUUCCUGCUGUUAGUCGUGGGACUGAUGGCAUUCGCAAGUCCGGCACUGGCUCGCCAGGAUACCUACCUUCCGAAGGAUGACAUUCCUGGUGAAGAGCUCUACAACGAACUGGCCGGUGAAGUUCACAAACUGCACAAUCAAGAGCUGAAGCUGCUUCAAUACCUAGGAGGGAUGACCGCCAAACAGCAACAGGAGGAGGAACUGAUCCAGCAAGAGUUGCACAAACAACAACAGCCUGAGUCCGAUACGCUUCUGGAUGACCUCCCGGCGGAGAACCCUGUCAAGACCCUGGGCAGGCUGGCAAGGCUUCAGGAGCUUCCGAAACCGCUGACCUACCAGAAACCUAGGGAGGAAAAGAAAAGCAAUCAUUAUAUGUCACUGUGCCACUUCAAAUUGUGCAACAUGGGACGUAAAAGGAACACUCGAUACUUGAGCUUCUGGAACUAAAUUGAACAUUACCAACGAUGAACUCAGAUACUCAUACUCACCAAAAAAGAAACCCAAACGCAAUGAAAUACUCAUCACAAACCAAUGAGAUGACCGCUAGAACAAAGCAACCCAGUGAAAUCGACAGAAAAUUACAUUUUUCAAAAAUGCCCCCCGCUACGGUCGAAGAAGGCGGCGCCCAUUCACAUCACCACAAAACAAACUGUAUUACCACCCUAGGAGUACCCACAC